CAAUCUAACGGUUGUUGACAACCUCUUAACGGCCGUUUGCUCGACGCGUUUACACAAGACAAGCUCUGCGUCACCGUUGUUUGCAGACACCGCUGGUCUACAGCUCUAUUUUUCCCAAGAAUACCAUAAACACCACAACGCUCCCGCGAUUUUACAAAAGCUCAAAUCCGCAUACCUACUGAAAUUUACCUACAAACCCCAGAUAAUCAUUUACUCUCCUCCUCAUGGCGUUCAGUUUCUCACCCAGAAAGCUGAAAGGCGAAAAGACCAUGUUCGGCACAACUCUCCGCUCGCAUCUCACCGUCGCGAACUUCUUCCGCUUCCUCCUCCGCUUCUUCCAGUUCGUUAUGGGCAUAACCGUCAUCGCGCUGUAUGCGCAGGAUCUUGACAACGCGCGCAAACAAGGAAAAUACGUCGACUCCAAGUGGGUGUGGGCCGUCGUAUGCGGCACACUCGGUGCAGUCAUGGCACUUGUGGGCUUGAUGUCGUUUUGGUUCCUUGUCGUCGUCGACUUCCUUGUGUUCCUGUGCUAUCUGAUCGCCUUUGGAAUUUUCGGGCGCAUGUACAUUCCCGAGAAUGCUGAGGGGAACGGAGGGAUCACGCGCAUGAAGAACGCGGUGUGGGUGCUGCUUACGAAUGUCCUUCUGUGGCUCAUCACUUUGGUCUGGGGCGCGUUGUUGUUCUGGAAGCACAGGAAGGCACGGACUUCCCUCACUGGACGGGCAAAUAUGCACGUCUAGGUGUCCUCCUUCUUCCUUCCUUCACACGAGGGAGUGAUUUUGGCUGACACGCGUUGGUUGUAGCCUGUUGUUGUCGAUGUUGACUUCGACAUAUUCGACUGGAAGAUUUCGG